CUCCCUACUUGUACUGCACCUGCGUCACCCACUUAAAAUAGCAGCCUUUGUUGCAGCCCACCUGUUCUUGUUCCACUUCGAUAAUUCACUAGCGCUACACCUUUCUUGACGAAAGAAUAAAGCUAACCCAAAUUAUCAACCUGUAGUAGCUGCUAAUCACUCAUUAACAGCACAGUGCAGGAAGAAGAAAACCAUGGCAGUCCGUGCGUCGUUCCGGUUCCCGCGGGUUCGCAUUUGCUCCACAGUGGUGAUCAACCUGUCGUACCUACUAUUAGCCAGCGGACUAGUGUACCUGGGGUUAUUGUUAGUGGGCGGCGGGUCGGAGGAGCGAACAGAGUGGGACACGGGGAACAUCGACGCGGUGGAUCAGGACAUGUUUCGACGAGCCAUGGAGCAGCCCACGCAGACGGACUUGGCGGCCGUGCAGCCCAAGAUCGCGUUCCUCUUUCUCGUCAGAGGGCCGCUGCCGCUCGAGCGAGUCUGGCAACGGUUCUUCCAGGGCCACGAGGGGCGCUACUCGAUCUACAUCCACGCGUCCACCGCCGACUUCGAGUGCGAUAAACACGUCAACUCCUCCGUCUUCCGUGGCCGCCAAAUACCCAGCGUUCCCAUCACGUGGGGCGGGCCCAAUCUCAUCCGCGCGGAGCGGCGCCUGCUCGCAGCGGCGCUGGCGGACCCCGCCAACCAGCGCUUCGUGCUGCUGUCGGAGUCCUGCUUGCCGCUCUUCAACUUCACACACGUCUUCGACUACCUCAUGGCGUCCGACAAGAGCUUCGUUACAAGCCAUUCGAGCGUGUGGCGCUACCGCAAGCAGAUGGCGCCUGUCAUCAAGGGCCGAGACUUCAAAAAAGGAUCGCAGUGGUUUGUGUUGACUCGACCGCAUGCCGCCAAGGUGGUGGAGGACAGCAAGUUCUACGAGACAUUCGUCAAAACAAACGCUGAGAUCCCAGACGAGAGCUACAUCCAAACCAUUCUUGCGCUGCUGGACAAGGACGCGGUGGAGCCGCGCAGCGUGCUGUACGUGCACUGGUUCACAUCCUCCUCCAGCCACCCCAUGAGCUACAACACGACCCAAGUCUCGAGGGAAUUCAUCCUCUCGUUGCAACGGAGUAGAUUCCCCCCAGUGGAAACAGUGGGCUUCCUCAAGGUGUCGCCCUCGCGGCCAUGCACAGUGGCGGGCCGGCCCACACACUGUUUCCUCUUUGCCCGGAAAUUUGACCAAGACGCCGUGCCCGCCUUCCUUGCGUUGCGCGAUAUAAUUGGUUUCUGAUCUGAUCUCACUCGCCUGCCUGCAAGCGAGAAGGCUGCUUGCUGUGCCAACUAGGUUGGUUGGCCGGGAUUGUAGACUAGCUAGCUCCUAGUGUGUAUAGUGGUAGGAAGACAUCCAGAGGAAUAAAACUAACACAAUGAACCCCGGUUCUCGUC